CCAAUUUUACACCUCUUAGUAGAAGUGACAUCUUCCUCUCCUUUCCCCACUCAUUCUUCAAAUUUGUCAUCUUAUUUCAUAUUGAUCUGUAUAAUCAGAGACCGUGGAUAUUGUAGAUAUUGCAUUAACACCAUUUUUAACAAUCGUCUUCCGUUUACCUUGGUGCCAAUUUUGUGACUGCAAGUUUUUUGAGAGUGUGGGCUCAACACAAGCUCGCUUGAAUUCAAGUCUGAGGCAUUUUUCACAUGUCAUCACAUGAACCAUUUUGGGAACCUCAGCUUUUAAAAAGGGCAGUUCUCUCUGACCGUUCUUUCAGCUCUACUUUCACAAAUAUGUCUGAUAUCAAGGUUCCCGGUUUCCAAAGCUCUGAAGUCUUUGCUUCAAUCAAGUCUGCUUUUGAUGCUCUCCCAGCAGACCAAAAGGCCAAGCUUCUCAAGCAGGUCAACGGUAUCUUCGAGUUCGUGAUUAAGAAUGACGAAGGAAAGGAAGAGACCUUCACUGUCGACUUGAAGAAGGAGGGUGCUGUUCUCAAGGGCAAGGGUCCCAACAAGGCUGAUGCUAUCCUCUCCCUCAAGGAUGCCGACUUUAUUGACCUUGCUUCUGGCAAGUUGAACGGUCAAAAGGCAUUCAUGAGCGGAAAGUUGAAGAUCCGUGGUCAAAUGAUGCUCGCCACUAAGCUUGAUACCGUCUUCAAGCAAUUGGCCCCCGCAAAGGCCAAGUUGUAAAGAAGGCUACACUCGCUCCCUUUUGUUUUCUCUUGCGUAAUACUCAGAAAUAAAGUAUAAAAAUUCAAAUGCAUAUUAUGAGUGAAGUUGACUAUCGAAAGAAGAGAUAGUAUGCAAGGGCGACUACAAAUACAAUAAAGAACACCAUAUAGCACAUUGUCAUUCCG